AUGCUCCGCGCCGCCGCGCUCGCGCUCCUCGCCGAGGCCAAGGUCGUGCGCGAGACGCUGUACCGCAUCACGCCGCGCAACUACACGGGCGUGACGGACCUCGACACCGGCGAUGCCGCCGGCGACGCCCACUUUGGCCUCUACGAGAAGAGCGCGCCCGUCGUCUGCGAUGCGAAGCUCAAUCCGCGCCACGCGGAGAACAUCCUGUGCGAGAACGACGCGCUGCUGCAAAUCCCCGGCUUCAACGUCUACAUCGCCGUCGAGGUCGAGAUGGACGACCGGUACGGCGACUACGCCGAGUGCAACCCGGCCAAGUCGCUGCCGCACGCCUUCAACUGCACGCACUGGCACCACGACGGCCCCGAGGGCUGCUGGAACAAGAACGACAAGCACCCCGAGUGGGCGUCGGAGUUCCAGGGGCUCUGCGACGAACAGGAGUGUCGCUGCGACGCCGUCGAGACGUUGAGCGUCGGCCGCGAAUUCCCGAAGUUCGGCAAGCCCCUGCCGCCGGCGGGCUAUCCCGAGAUCUGCUACGCCGACUUCUACCCCAUCGAGGGCUACCGCAACAACAAGACGGCGUUCAAGACGCUCGACAACGUCUCGCUCGCGGACUGCUGCGCCGCGUGCGCCGCCGCGGAGCACGGCUGGGAGCGGUGCGGCUCCUACUCGUUCACGGCGGCGGACGCCGGCGACGGGUACGGCGGCAGCGGCACCUGCGCCAUCCACGGCCACGCGGACAGCCGCGACCUCGUGCCGGACCGCGCCUCCGCCUCCGGGUGGUUCUCGGGCGACGGCCUCGUGAACUUCGUCGAGUCGGCGUCCAUGACGCUCUCGGACAUGAUGAACGGCACGUGGUUCUCCACGCAGAAGGCCGGCGAGUGCGCGCCGGGCGAGACCGUCGGCGAGGGCUGCUUCUGGCGCGUCGUCAAUCAAACGGCGCAGGUCAACGCGACGUGCGUCAACGACCGCAUGAUCUCCAAGAUCGUCGCCCAGCGCGGCGGCGCCUGCUUCGACGGCUGCGACGACCCGAAGGACCAGAGCGCGCCCUGCUGGAUCCAGUGCUUCUUCGAGACCAUCGUCGGCAACGCGACGGCGCAGCCCCCCCUCCCGCCGACGGACCGCGCGCUCAUCCUCGACGCCUUCGAGGGGGCCUUCGCGCCGGGCACGGGCUGCCCGCCCGUGCCCGACUGCCCGGACCCGUGCCUCCCGCCCUGCUGGGCCGUAGCAUUUAUACGAGGUGGCACGGCUGCUCGGCGCUCGUCGACAGUUUUUACGCGCACCAUGGCCGUCUCCUUCGCCGCCGUCGAGCCCAAGUUCGCGGCGUACCACCUGUCGUCCAUGAACGUCAACUUCCACCUGCUGACGUCGCUCCUGGGGCUCCUCGGCGCCGCGGGCCUCGUCACGAAGCUCGCCUGCGCGGCGUCGACGUCGCUCGGGUGUGGGGGCCGCCAGAGCCUCGCCCGGGGCGGCGCCUUCGGCCUCUGGGUACUCUGGGGCCUGGCACUCCUCUGCUCCGACGUGCCCCUGGGCCUCGCGGCGCGGAGCGCGGCGGCGCUCGCGUCCGUGGCGAUCGUGGCCUGCCGCCUCGACCUCGGCGUCGCCGCGUCCCUGGGCUGCGUCGCCGCGGGCUACGCGCUCCAGGACCUGAGCCACUGGUACUACGGCGAGGAGACGCUCCAGGCCAACUCCUGGGCCGGUGGCGGGCUCUCGGCGGCCGCGGUCGUCGAGCUCUUCUGCGAGCACGUCUUCUACUUGCUGCCGCUGAUUCUCGCGAGCGCGUCCGAGGCCGCGAAGACGGUCGUCGCGGCGCUGCCCGCCGUCGUCCUCGCCUGGGGCAACGUCUGCAUCGACAGCGACAGCGUGCUGGGCCUGCCGUGGACGGCGAAGAAGUCGCGGCUGCUGGUCGGCAAAUUCCGGACGGAAGAGGACGUCGGAGACCUCGCCGCGAUCCGCCGGUGGUGCGUCGCCGCCGGGCCGAAGCACGACAUGACGAGCCACUGGUGGGCCGGCGAUUUGGACGAACCGACGCGCGCGGCCUUCGAGCGCCUCGUGACGUCCGAGUGCGUCGACGGCCUCUUCCGCCAGAAAUUCGGCGAGGGCGCGUACGUGAUAGAACCGGUGAGCGGCAUGAACGAGCUCUACGUGUCCGCGCCCGUGAAGCGCGACGAGGCGGCGAAGACGUCCGACGACGUCUUCUUCACGGAGCACGUCGACGGGCCCUACUGCUUCUUCCCCUUUGCGAGCGUCUUCCGGUGCAUCGUCGCGCUCGACGCGAACGUGCCGGGCUACGAGACCCACUUCCCGAACGCGCACCGGAGCGUCGCCGCGGAGCACGGCGACAUUUUGGCCUUCGACUUCCACCGCGAGUCCCACUACAUCACGAUGAAGCCCCGGGGCGCGUUCGGCCCCGAGAGCGAGGCGGCGCUCGCGGCGGAUCCCACGCAGAAGUGGCGCAUGGUGCUGAAGCUCCACUACGCCGUCGCGCCGACGGGUCUGUGGUGGUGCUUCGGCAAGGGCCUCCACUGGCUCUCGACGAAGUACAACGAGGCCUUCCGCGCGCUCUUCCUCGCGACGAUCAAGCCCCAGUCGGCGCUCGAGAAGCUCCUCGCGGACGUGGGCGUCAACGGCACGACGGUCGCCUACAACGCCCUGGAGAAGUACGUCGGCUUCUCGAACCUCGCGAGCUACGGCACGCUCGCGGCCGUCGCCUACGCCGUCGAGUCCUACGCCUUGUUCCUCUACGGCACGCAGUUCCUCCCGGGGCAGGAAAAGAGUGAUUCAACGUUCCUCCACUACCUCCGCUACAUGUCGACGUACUACACGCGCGCGGGCGUCGCCUUCGGCACCUUCAAGCGCGACGUCCUCUUCUUCAAGACCGUGGCGCUCCUCCAGCUCUUCCGGCUCUACGCGGCGCCGCUCUGGGACGGUGACGCGCGCGCGGCCUGCGGCGCGGAGCCCUGGUUCCGGCCCGAGUCGCUCGUGCUCGUCGCCGCGGGCUACUUCGUGUCCAUCGCGGCGACGUCGGCGCUCGGCGUCGACGGGACCUACUUCGGCAUCGAGCUCGGCGUCGUCGAGGCGGACUACAAGUUCGUGACGCGGUUCCCCUACAACGUGAUCCCGCACCCCAUGAUCCUCGGCCAGGUCGUCGCGCUCCUCGGCGUCCACGUCGUGCCCCAGGUCCGCAACGCCCACCCCUACCUCGUGCCCAUCCACGUCGCGCUCUACCUCGCGCACCUCACGCAGGAGGCCUGGGACUACCACGACGGCGUCCCCUGGUUCAAGCAGGGAAAGAAGGAGAAGAAGCAGGAGAAGAAGCGCGGCAAGAAGGCGACGAAGGCCGCCUAGGCCCCCGCGCGCCCCGCCCCACCUUGUAAUUCGGGCCUGGUCUCUAUG